GUGGCGGCACUGAACAUGUACCGUAACAACGAAGCACAAACACUGUCUUCUUAGCCUCUGAAGCGCAUGCUUUGCAUCAGGACGCAUAUGGACCAUUCAACGUUCGCCCUCGGUUGGCUGUAAAUGUGCUAUAGAUAACAGGGAUGUCGAUUCGGGCUAGAAUUCUUCAAGCUCCAGAAUGGAACCAAAGACUGGUAUAAAGGAGCAUCGCUGGGAAAAGCACUACUUUCUACACCAUCUCCUGUAGUCAGUAUGUUGUCCACCUUGGUGCUCUCCACACUUUUGGGCUCUGCUCUCGCAAACUCUGUCGACUUGAACCAGUUGUUCACCAGUGAUAUCAGCUCUAAUUGCUCUACCUCUGGUGCUGCAUCCUGUUACAACACCACUGCUGUGGACACCUGCUGCACCGAGUACCCUGGAGGCCUUUUGUUGCAGACCCAGUUCUGGGAUACGGACCCCUCCACUGGUCCCAGUGACAGUUGGACUAUUCACGGAUUGUGGCCUGAUAACUGCGACGGCACUUACGUAGAGAACUGUGACUCCUCCCGCGAUUACACCGAUAUCAGUUCGCUCCUUACCGAUCAAGGAGCCAGCUCCACCCUCUCUUACAUGCAAACACAUUGGGUCAACAUCAAUGGUGACAAUGAAGAGCUUUGGGAGCAUGAAUGGGCCACACACGGCACGUGUAUGAGCACCCUUGAAGUGGCUUGUCUUCCCAGUGGAAGUCCCAAGGGAGCUGAGGCAGUCGCUUUCUACGAGACGGUCGUGACCCUCUUCAAGACGCUCCCCACCUAUACCUGGCUCGAGCAACAAGGAAUUACUCCCUCCAACGACGCAACCUACUCUCUGGACGACCUGACCUCGGCCCUCCAGACUGCAUCUGGGUAUAUCCCCGCGCUCGGCUGCAGUGGUGACACUCUCGAUGAAAUUAGCUGGUACUUCAACUUGAAGGGAUCCAUCAUUGACGGCACUUUCGUACCAAUUGAUUCUCCCGAAUCAUCCACUUGCCCAAAAAGCGGUAUCAGCUACCCUCCCAAGUCCUAAAUCUGGUCCGGCAGCCCCACCAGUCCAUCUGUUAUGAAUGAUGUCGAAUGAAUGACGUCUGUAAAAGAUCGUGUCAAUGACAAUUUUGCUAGCAUGAACAGACUUUCUGUAGAUUUUCUGUACUGGAGAUGUUACUCAAAUGGAUAUUCUUCCUUGCUCUU